AUGAAAUCUGCCGCGUUUCUAGCAGAGCUGUUCCCUAAUGCCAAGUUCAUUUUCAUGAUCAGAGAUGGUAGAGCGACAGUGCAUAGCAUAAUUUCAAGACAGGUGACAAUUACUGGUUUCGACUUGAGUAGCUAUCGUCAGAGUUUGACGAAAUGGAAUGCGGCGAUAACAAUCAUGGACGAACAAUGCUCAAAUGUCGGCAGUAAAUGUUUGAGGGUGUAUUACGAACAACUCGUAUUGCAUCCCGAACCGCAGAUGCGGAGAAUCUUAGAGUUCUUGGGCCUUCCAUGGAACUCCACUGUAUUGCACCACGAACAAUUCAUAGGAAAAGCUAUUUCCUUAUCAAAGGUGGAACGAAGCUCGGAUCAGGUUGUGAAGCCAGUAAAUAUGGACGCGUUGUCGAAAUGGGUAGGUGCUAUACCUGAAGAUGUUGUAAAAGAAAUGGACACGAUAGCACCGAUGCUGCAGCAGCUGGGUUACGAUCCAAAUGCGAACCCACCAAACUAUGGUACACCUGACGAGUUGGUGGCAAAGAAAACGGAAGACCUUCAUAAGAAUGGUGAAGAGUGGUACAGAAAAGCGGUGAUGGUUGUGAAUGAUCCGAACCGAGUCGAUAAACCAAAGCACUAG